GAGUACUACAGCAAGUUUUAUAAGAUGAUGUUGGAAAAGGAGAUAGAAAGUCGCAGGGGGGGAAGGAGCGCGGAAGUGUAGGUCAAAUUGUUUCAUGUGAGUAUAUAAUGUCUAUUAACGAUUAUAUUGUAAUUGUAAUUGGGAAAUAGCCAUGCGGAUAUAUACCUUCCGUUUGAUUACGGGAUGACAACUGUGAUUAUUUUUUAGUUGUUGUUUUUGACAGUCCGUUACUUCCACACACACCUGUUGUAAGGUCUAUAAUAACAAGUUACUACAGUUAGCAAUACGGUGAUUGAAGUCCGGUUAUGAGCUAUGUGGAUAGGCAGCUUGGUUUGUCAACUCAAGCACUCACACCACCGCCCAUUACCACCAACAUUUCUCUGCUCCGUUAAAUCUCGGAACCGAUUUUCUUUACACUUUUUUCUUCGCGCUUACACAAUUAUUUACAACCAACUCUUAAACCAAAACAAUACAAUCUAAUACAAACGCACACGCAAACUACACCUGUCAAUAAUGUCUAACAAGUCGCAAGAGGUGGAAAAACAAGCAGAAAGACAACUAAGUCAUCUAAACUCCCAAGUGGGGCAACUACAUGCUAACAUUGCUGAUUUUCAUGAAUUACUAACUACUACCGCAAGUCAAUAUGAAAUGAUUGAGAAAUUGGGGAAAAUGCAGGCACAUUUCUUAUUAGCCGCUAAUCUGUAUUUUGAAGAGGAAAACUCGAGAGAUGAUGUUGAUGCUGAUGCUGAAACUGGUGGAAAUACUCCCUAUGUUUAAGCUGAGUGUGUGUGGGUAAGUUGACCGUUAUUCUUAUUUCUACUAAUAUAUGCGAAAUAGAGUUGGCAAACUUCAAAGAUUAAACUAUUGAUUUUAUAACAGAUAUUUAUUACUGUCUCGAUUAAAAAGGAUUAUUCAACCUCGCUUACGGACAGUGUAUGCCAUAAUUUUUCUGACCAUUUUGGAACCAAAAAGGUACUUAGAGAAGACGUGGUGUCUUUAUUGCUAAUAAGGUACUCCAGGGCUACUGUAUUGCUGUAUUUCUGUGCUAUAACGAUUCUGCGGAAUACCAGAGAAACUGGGUUGUUCUUGCGUGCUGGUGGUACAAAGAAUAUGACACGUCGUCAAUCCGUAUAAAACUUUUAUAUUAAAGGUAUAAGUAUAUAACUAUGUACACGAUAGAGUACAUCCACCUACUCUGAUUUGGCUGCAGCUUUUGCUUGUUCGGCUUCUCGUCUCUUCUUCUCCCUAUACAUUUCAUAAAUCUGUCUCUUCUCCUUCUUUUCUUCAAUAAGAAUAUCGCGUUCAAUAUCCAAAUACUUUUGCUUUUGAUACUUUGCAACACAUCCCAUGCUGGCAUCAUUGGCCUCCUUGCAAUGUUUCAUACCUUCUACGGGAUUCCCAUACUUAUUUGAACAUUCAACAUAUGCUUUGAUUAAUUCAUCACAUCUGGCAAAUGUUUUGGUUCUCCAUCUGUCAAAGAUUAAUUUUUCUUCUUUGGGUGUAAUUAUCCAUGGUGGAAGAUUAGGAUCACUUGGUAAUUCUAUACCUUCGAAUGAUUUCUUACUCAUUUGUGCUAUGACUAUUGAUUAAGAUCAG